UAACCACCAAAAACUCAUCAGAAUCAAAACUGUAAACAAGAAUCGUUCCCUCCGGCCUUUAGUAGAGAAAUAAAAACAUCCUCCGGCCUGCAGCAUCUUGAGUCUCUGCAGAUCAGAAACAAACAGCCACACGAUGGAUGAGAAGUGAAACUGUAACUCCAUUUUUUUUUUUAAAUCCAAACCUCAAAACUUUUCACUUCAAUGAAUAAAUCGGCUUUAUGUGCAGUUUGUCACAUGUGGAUGUCGGAUUAGCAGUGUAUGAAAAAAUAAUAAUAGCCAAAGAGAAAACCUAAAACGAAGAGCAAACACAACCAUAGAAUAAUGAACUCUGAGUCCUUUCUCUUUAUAUGAUAAACCACGAGAAUUUGUAGAUCAGUGCGGACACGAAGACGAGUUCUGUGCGUUCAAUCAGAGCUGCUGCUGAAGAUCAUCUCCAUGAACGAGUCAUCUUUGUGCUCGUUAAAUUACUUAUUUAUGGUUUAUUUAUUCAGGACAGACACAAUAUACAUGACUGGAAACAGACAUCCAGUGCAAGUAACAGUGCGGGUUAAUUGCGGGGGGGGAAAAAAGUCUUCAUUUGUAACUUAUAAAGUCAUUUUAUGGAUUCAGAAUUAUUGCUUUGUUCAACCAAAAGUUUCAAAUAGAUUGUUUUUUAAAGUUUGUUGUCUUGCCUUCAGCGUCCGUCCUGACUAUUCAGACGCUGACUUUUUAAAACUUUGUUGACACUUUAAAUGAAGGUCACAGUAUUCACCAUUAGUUGCUUAUGAGCAUGUUAAUUCGUAGCAUACUGGCUGAUUAUAUUAUAUCAUUAUCAUACAGAUCGGACGGUAGGCUGACAGGGUUUCGAUGACAUCAUAUGUCAGUUGUUGUCUCACUUCUCUUUGUACCUUUUUUUUCUGUCGUGUUUAUCUCACUUCCUCCUUGUUGUGUUUCUGUUUGUGUUUCAUCUGAUCACUUCACUCUGUCUCACUCGCAGGUUUCCCACAGAGACCAUGGCUCUGUGACGUCAUUUCACCAACUUAGUUUUUAACGUGUGGAAGUGCCAUGGCCCCGCCGAAUGGCUACUCCAUCAACUCCAGCCCUGUGGAUGAGAGCGAGGACGGGGAACCCCUCAUCGAGAGGGAUGCAGUUCCUUCACAGUGCUGCUCGGCUCGGCUCAACCUGGCCUUCCUCAUGUUUUUGGGGUUCGCUGUAGUCUACGGUCUGCGGGUCAACCUCAGUGUUGCCAUGGUAGCCAUGGUGAACGUCACCGAUCCCAAACCGGCCCCCAACAGCUCCAUAGUCCACGCUUGUCCUCUGCCAGCGGGGAUGGACAACACCAGUGAUACUUUCUCACAACCUGACGGGAUCCCUCAGUACCCGUGGGACUCAGAGACUCAGGGUUGGCUGCUGGGAGCUUUCUUCUUCGGAUACCUGUGCACACAGAUCCCGGGGGGGUACCUGUCUGGUCACUACGGGGGGAGACUCUUCUUUGGUUUGGGGGUGCUGGGCACGGCUGUCCUCACGCUGCUCACUCCUCUGGCCGCCCAGAUGGGGAUCUACUGGCUGUUUGCACUGAGAGCUCUGGAGGGCUUUGGAGAGGGUGUGACGUUCCCCACCAUGAUGGCGAUGUGGGCCCGAUGGGCUCCCCCUCUCGAGCGUUCACGCCUGAUGACCCUGUCCGGCUCUGGGGCAAACUUCGGGGCCUUUUUGUCUCUGCCUCUCACCGGCUACAUCUGUGAAACUUUAGGCUGGCCGGCUGUCUUCUACCUCUGUGGUAGUGCUGGGUGUCUCUGGGCAUUUUUUUGGUUUGUUUUUGUGUCAGAUGACCCUCGCACACAUCGUCGAAUCAGCGAAGAAGAGAAGGAUUACAUCAUAAGCUCCAUUGGACCUCAGGGUACAGGUCAUGGCUGGUCCGUGCCCCUGCUGCCCAUACUGCUGUCGGUCCCCAUGUGGGCCAUCAUCAUCUGCCAGAUGUGCUCAAACUGGUCCUACUACACGCUGCUCACCUCACUGCCCACCUACAUGAACAACAUCCUGCACUUUGACCUCAAAUCUAAUGGUUUCCUGUCCGCUCUGCCGUACCUCGGGGCCUGGAUUGCUUCCACGCUGUCGGGUAUCUUAGCGGACAGCCUCAUCGAGAGGAAAGUGUUCAGCGUCACCACCGUACGAAAGAUUUUCACACUCGCAGGUGUGUUGCCAGGCGCAGCCUUCCUCGUGGCUGUGGGUUACUCCGGCUGCAGCCACAUCCUCACCAUCACCUUCCUCACCCUCUCCACGACCAUCGGCGGAACCAUGGCCUGUGGAGUCUACAUCAACCAGAUAGACAUCGCUCCUCGGUAUGCAGGAUUUCUUCUGGGAAUCACAAACACAUUCGGGACCAUCCCUGGAGUCUUGGCACCCAUUGUUACAGGAUACUUUACUGAGGAGCACACCCUGGCAGGCUGGAGGAUGGUCUUCUGGCUGGCAGCCGGGCUCAACGUCGGGGGGGCCUUAGUCUACACGUUGUUCGGUACCGGAAAGAUCCAGCCGUGGGCCGUCACAGAAGAGGAGGCAACCGAGGUGGAGAAAAACAGGAGCACAUCCAUCGUCACAUAAAACAGAAAUAUGCAGACGAGUACAUUCAACGAACACAUAAACUCAAGAAGCUGAUGAUGCACAGCUGAAAGACUUUCAAAAGGUUGGCGGACCUUGAAUAGAUGUACAAAUUAUAGGGAUACGUGCAGCAUCUGCAGCCUGCACACAUGGCAUGUGUACUUUUUUUUAUUCUGUCAUUGGACCAGGCUUGUUCAAGCAUUACUGAAUAACUGAAAACAGACAUUUUUUUAUAGCGUUUGCUGUUUCUUUUUUUUUAAAUCAAAACGCCUCUACUGUUGUGGAGUUUAAACUAUGUCUGCUUUUGUAGAAAAUAUUUGAACUGGUUUUAAAUGAAUUCCAGAUAUGAGCAGUUUUACCUUUUGAAAGCAGGAAACUUUCAGAGAGAACAGCACAUUGACGUGCGUUAUUGCUACAUCAAAGACGGAUUGAAUAUUUGCUAACAUGCAUCAACGUCUGCUGGAUAUUCACAACCUCUAUCAAUCUGAAAUAGUCCUUGUUUUUACUCUUGUUGUCUUUACUGUUUGUUAGUACGACUGGGACAAAGUCUGAGCCAUUGGACCCCGCGUGCCAAAGAUCUCAUGGGGGGGCACGAGGCUCUGUCUGCUCUGAGGUCAUCAAAACUAGAUUUGCACAUAUUAACUGAAUAAUGCGGCGGAGUAUAAGGGCCACCUUUUUUAAAGAAAUUCCCCUAAAGAUUAAAUUUCAAGAUUAAAGUUUUACAUUUAUUAUAUUAAUUUAGUAAUUCCAUUUAAAUUAGGCUAUGGUUAAAAAUUUUAUCCUGAAAGGUUGUAUCAGAAGAGCAGCCUGUCGUAAAUGUACGACUUUCUUCUCUUACAACUUUAUUCUCAUAAAUGUCAGAUUUUUUCCCCCUUUAAUGUGGCCCUAAUACUCCUUCGUGAAGAAAUUAUAACACGCUGACUGAAUAGUUCAUCCAAAGCUCUGUAGCUAACUCAAAAAAUAUCUGGCUCCUUAGUCCGUCACACCUCUUGUUCAGGUUGUAGUGAAAACAAUUACACUUCACAUUCAUUCUUGACAGCAGAAGACUUAUGCUGAAUCUCAGGUGAGACCAAAACAACAAACAACAACGUUUUGUUUUGUAACCGUAACGAGAUGGGACUGAUGUUUUUUUGUUUGUUUGUUUUUUAUGAACAAACUUUCCAGCUUUAUCUUGUUUUCUAACGACUUCUCGACCGUCUUGUGGGACCAAAAGAAGCACUUUAAACACACAGAAACCAAAAAGCCUUACGCUUGAUAACGUGCCAGUAUAUCACAAUAAAUCAUCUCAUUUAGUGUUUUAUCCAAUCUUUUCACUCAGAAGACCAAAGCACUUUCAACUGCCAGGAUUUGAAUACUGACUUAUUUUUGUGUUUCUAUGAACGAUGUGGAUGUGCCGUGUUGUAAUAGUUUCACUGCCGGUUUUUAAAGUUCCUUAUCUGUUAUGAUUGUUGUUUUUUUUUACAGCGACACUUUAAAACAAACAUCGCACACAUUCUCGUCAGCUCAUGUCAAAGUGCACUGUGAUCGUAAACUCAUGAAGUUUUUUAAACGGAUGCAAUAAUGUAUUUACCUCUCUGUGCUUUGAGGAUGUGUGAUGUGCUACAAACGUGUAAAAAUAUAUUUGUGUAAUACUUUGUAUUGUACAGUGAAAUGAAUCAAGUUUGUUAAACUUUGAAGACCAAAA